AUGGAGGCCGGAGCAGCAACAACGCCGAGGGCACCGGCCUCGUUGGAAUCUUUUCCGAACGAAAUUAUCCUUCACAUUCUCUAUUUUCUACCUCCCGAAGACAAUCUGCUCUGCUUCCAGCUGCUUUCCAAGCACCUCAAUGAUCUCUCGAACAAGCCGCUACUGUGGAGGCACCACUGUAGCGACUCGUUCAAGUAUUGGAAUCCCGACCAUGAGUUCCAGAGGAAGCUCGAGGGCCCAGUCUCCGACCACGACUGGAAGCGGUUGUUCAUCGUCCGAAAGCAAAGAAACGCACGCAUAGCGCAUCUCUUUGACGGGAUACUUGCAACCAAGCUUGGCCGCCUGCGGAAGUUUGAGCAAGUCUGCCACAUGGGCUACGACGCCAAAGACUUCUUGCUGGAUCAAUGUCACAUUGAUGACUCGGUCGAGGACGUUCUUGCUAGGAGGUAG